CCCAUCCUCAUUCCACUCCCCCUCCCCAAUUCCCUGAGAAAGCAGCCCCUCUUUGUCUUUUAUUCCACCACUCCCACCUCCAAGAAAGAACCGAGCCAGCACCGGGGCCGGUGCUAUUGGAUCAUUCCAUCCUGCCUCCAUGUAGAAACCUGAGAUCUCCAAUUUGAAUGAGUCCCAGAACUCUCGACUCAUAGGAUAGAACUGGUUAUAAUUUCUUGGUGUGUCUUAUAAUCUAUCCAGACAAAUCUGAAUUGAAGUUGUAACAGAUCUGCUACUAAACCCCCUUGAAAAUGAAGCAAGAAACCGGUCCAAAGAUCUAGGAAUUUUUAUCUCCCCCCUUUUUAGGAAGAAGAUCUGAACCAUAAUUAGAAUCCUUUCCUUCUGCCUUUGAAACAGCGAAGUGGCUCAAUGGGAUAACAUUUUACACCAAGAGUUUCUUGGUUUGCCACACCUUAGAAAGUCAGAAAAGAAAUGGGAGCCUAUAGAGGUGAUUUUUUGGCCCAAAUGCGCACUGCCUUGGGAUAUAAAUGGAAAAUGGCAGAAGAAGAAAUACCUAGGCCAGAAGUAGGACAAGACCCUGAAGGCAUCCAGGCUGGGAGCAGAGGGGAAUUCUGGGGAAACAUAUUUCAGGAGAUGACAAGCGAGAAAUUGCUCAGUUGGGAAGUCCAGUGCCAGCACUUCCGGCAGUUUUGCUAUCAGGAAGACCAGGGACCUCGAAAGGUUUUCAACCAACUCCGUCAUCUUUGCCAUCAGUGGCUGAAGCCAGAAAAACACACGAAAAAUCGUAUCCUGGAGUUGGUGAUUUUGGAGCAGUUUCUGGCUGUUCUUCCCCCAGAGAUGGAGAACUGGGUGAGGGAAUGUGGGCCAGAGACUGGUUCCCAAGCGGUGGCCCUAGCAGAAGGUUUCCUGUUGAGUCAGGCAGAGGAGAAGAAGCUGGAAGAGCAGCAGGAAUUAUUUGUGGAAAGGAGCAUGAUUUCUCAAUGGCGAUGGCAUCUUCAAGAGCAUCAGCCAAAAACCACUGUUCCGGUGGAUCGUAGAGGAGUGCGACCCAGCACAACCUCUUUGCUUACAAUCUCUGUGCCCACUUUACUUUUGCCACUACGACACUCCUAA